CCGGCAGAGGGGCGGGUCACGUGGCUCACGCCCUGAGCGCGCGCGCGCUCUCUCUCUCCUUUCUCUGCUCUUGUAGUCCAGCGGACGUGCCGGGCGAGCGGGCGCCGUUCUUAAAGGGGCCGCAAGGUUUCGGUCAAGGUCCUGAAGAAGUGUCUGGAAGGAUGGAUCAUGCCAGGAAAGCCAUAUAUAACAUGUUCGGAGGGGAGCCGCUCUCCUACACCCGCUUCAGUCUCGCCCGGCAGCCCGACGGGGACAACAGCCACGUUGAAAUGAAGCUCUCCGCCGAAGACGAGGAAGUGGGCGAAAACGGGUCCAUUGACCACCUCCAUACCCAGACAGUCCGGCCAAAGAACAGCAACAGGCACAUCUGGUUUGUCCUUUCUGCAGUCACCCUGCUGUUCCUGAUAGGUUUCUUGACCGGCUACCUGAGUUACCGUGGACGGAUGCAAGCAGAAAAGCCAUGUGCGGCCAAUCCUGAUGUAACAAGUUAUUCUGCACAAACGGAUGACCUCGCUGAGCCCGUGAAGCCCGUGGAGCUCUACUGGGGAGACCUCAAGCAGAAGCUGGAGGAGAGACUGAAGAGCGCUUCCUUCCAAACAAACAUCAGGAAAGUGUUUUCUACCUCCCACGAGGCCGGCAGUCCAGGAGACGAGGUUCUGGCUGGCGAAAUCCAUUCCCUGUUCGAAGCAUACAGGCUAGACAAAGUUUGGAAUGACGAGCAUUAUGUCAGACUCCAGGCCCCAGGAAAAUCCCCGAAUGUAGUUUCCCUGGAAGGACCAAAUGAGGCUGUGGAGACACCCAAGGCCUACGUCGCAUACAGUGAGAGUGCCGAAGUGUCCGGAAAGCCGGUCUAUGCCAAUUACGGCAGGGACGAGGACUUCCGUAAACUCCUAGAGAAUGUGCCCAACAUAAAUGGAACUGUGGUCUUGGUCCGAGCUGGAGAGAUUCCUUUUGCCAAAAAGGCAGCCAAUGCCAAGAAGUUGGGCGCUGCAGGAGUGUUGAUCUAUCCGGAUCCUGCUGACUUCAGGAACCUUAGACAAGACGCCUCUUUGUUUGGACACGCACAUCUUGGGACUGGUGACCCAUAUACCCCUGGCUUCCCAUCUUUCAACCAUACCCAGUUCCCUCCCGUUGAAUCUUCGGGACUCCCGCGCAUCCCCGUCCAAACCAUUUCCAGCUCUGCUGCAAGAAAAAUAUUUAGUGUUAUGAAUGGGCCGGUGUGUCCAGCACCAUGGACAGGCACCACGGGAGCCACCUACAAGUUCGGCUCAACUGCAAGCGGGAGAAACGUGAAGCUUCAAGUCAAGAAUGAGCUUGUGGAGAAGAAAAUCCUCAACAUAUUCGGUGUGAUCAAAGGCUUCGUGGAACCAGAUCGGUACGUUGUGCUUGGAGCCCAGCGCGAUUCUUGGGGCUCCGGAGCGGUCAAGGCCGGCGUCGGAACGGCUCUCUUGCUGGAACUUGCCCGGGCCUUCUCUGACAUGGUGAAAAAGGAUGGUUACAAACCUCGCCGCAGCGUUGUAUUUGCCAGUUGGAGCGCCGGAGACUUUGGGGCUGUUGGUGCCACGGAAUGGCUGGAGGGCUAUGCCGCCUCGCUUCACUUGAAGGCCUUUGCUUAUAUCAACUUGGAUUCUGCCGUUACAGGAUCUCGGGACUUCAAGUUCUCUGCCAGCCCCAUGUUGAAAAGGCUGUUGGAAGAAGCAGUCACAGGGUUCAAAGUGUCUUCUGGCAACAUUAAGGACGUCCUGGCCUCCAAAGAGAAACCACUUCGUCUCGAUGAUGCAAGCUUCCCAUUCAUUGCCUACUCAGGAAUCCCAGCUAUUUCAUUCAGCUUCUAUGACGGCGAAAGCGUCUAUCCCUUCCUGGGAACAGAGGACGAUACGAUUGACAACCUGCUCAGCUUCUUUGGUUCCUCUUCUGGUCAGCUAGACAAGAUGAUGCUUGCGGCUGCCGAAAUAGCCGGCCGCAUGGCUCUCCGGAUGACACAUGACCACGAGCUGUACUUGGACUUCACCAGCUACAACGACAGACUGCUUCGGCUUGUAGGAAAGUUCCUGGCCUACAGGAAAGACCUAGAGAAAAUAGGCUUAGGUGUGCAGUGGCUGAUGUCGGCCCGGGGAGACUUCAACCGAGCCACACAAGCCCUGACUCUUGAUGUCGCAAACACCGACCUCACCAACACCGUGGCUUGCCGGGCUUUGAAUGACCGGAUUAUGAAGGUGGAGUACCACUUCCUGUCGCCCUACGUCUCCCCGAAGGACACCCCACUCCGCCACGUCUUCUUUGGCUCCGGUCCCCACACCCUCCAGUCUCUUCUGGACCAGCUCAGCGUUUGGAAGCGAGACCAAAGCGCUUUCAACGAGACCUCCUUCAAGAACCAGCUGGCCCUCGCGACUUGGACCAUCCAGGGCGCCGCCAACGCCCUCUCCGGCGACAUCUGGGACAUUGAUAACGAAUUCUAAAAAAAAGUAGAGCACUUAAUUCUGAGAUACAGGAACCCCCAACCCUACUAUUUGUUCACCAAUUUGGUAGCACAGAGGUGGAUUUUCCAGAAGUCCAAAUUCCAGAUUCCAAAAUCGUCCCUGACGUCAACUUGAGAUGUUCGUAGGCGUCCUUCUCCAUGUCCUGUCUCAACCCAAAAAGUCAACAAACACAAGGUCUGGGUAUUUUGUUUUAAAGUGAGCUUAAUCAUGGCCUCCCGUUUAGAAAGAGGGGGGAGCAUGCAAGCCAAGCCUCAACUCAGACCAGCCUCAAACUUGGCAGGAGAGGAGGCAAAAAAUACACAAAAAACAGAGUCACAACGUCACUUGUGGAGGCAGAAGGUGAGCCCGAAUCUCUCUUUCACUCUCCUGCUCGUCAGUAGGAUAUUAUAUUUUUCCUAGGAAGCGGAAAACUUUGCAAAUUUGGCUCGAAUUGCUCACUCACUCUCCCGCUCGUCGGUAGGAUAAUAUAUUUUUCCUAGGAAGGGAAAAACUUUCCAAAUUUGGCCCGAAUUGCUCAUUCACUCUCCCGCUCGUCGGUAGGAUAUUAUAUUUUUCCUAGGAAGGGGAAAACUUUGCAAAUUUGGCCCGAAUCUCUCACUCACUCUCCCGCUCGUCGGUAGGAUAAUAUAUUUUUCCUAGGAAGGGGAAAACUUUCCAAAUUUGGCCCCAAUCGAUCACUCAAUCUCCCGCUCGUCGAUAGGAUAUUAUAUUUUUCCUAGGAAGGGGAAAACUUUCCAAAUUUGGCCCCAAUCGGUCACUCAAUCUCCCGCUCAUCGAUAGUAAUUAUAUUUUUCCUACGAAGGGGAAAACUUUCCAAAUUUGGCCCCAAUCGGUCACUCAAUCUCCCGCUCAUCGAUAGUAAUUAUAUUUUUCCUACGAAGGGGAAAACUUUCCAAAUUUGGCCCGAAUCUCUCACUCACUCUCACGCUCGUCGGUAGGAUAAUAUAUUUUUCCUAGGAAGGGGAAAACUUUCUAAAUUUGGCCCAAAUCUCUUACUCAUUUUCCUGCUCGUCGGUAGGAUAAUAUAUUUUUCCUAGGAAGGGGAAAACUUUCCAAAUUUGGCCCCAAUCGAUCACUCAAUCUCCCGCUCGUCGAUAGGAUAUUAUAUUUUUCCUAGGAAGGGGAAAACUUUCUAAAUUUGGCCCAAAUCUCUUACUCAUUUUCCUGCUCGUCGGUAGGAUAAUAUAUUUUUCCUAGGAAGGGGAAAACUUUCCAAAUUUGGCCCCAAUCGAUCACUCAAUCUCCCGCUCGUCGAUAGGAUAUUAUAUUUUUCCUAGGAAGGGGAAAACUUUCCAAAUUUGGCCCCAAUCGAUCACUCAAUCUCCCGCUCGUCGGUAGGAUAUUAUAUUUUUCCUAGGAAGGGGAAAACUUUCCAAAUUUGGCCCCAAUCGAUCACUCAAUCUCCCGCUCGUCGGUAGGAUAAUAUAUUUUUCCUAGGAAGGGGAAAACUUUCCAAAUUUGGCCCCAAUCGAUCACUCAAUCUCCCGCUCGUCGAUAGGAUAUUAUAUUUUUCCUAGGAAGGGGAAAACUUUCCAAAUUUGGCCCCAAUCGGUCACUCAAUCUCCCGCUCAUCGAUAGUAAUUAUAUUUUUCCUACGAAGGGGAAAACUUUCCAAAUUUGGCCCCAAUCGGUCACUCAAUCUCCCGCUCAUCGAUAGUAAUUAUAUUUUUCCUACGAAGGGGAAAACUUUCCAAAUUUGGCCCGAAUCUCUCACUCACUCUCCCGCUCGUCGGUAGGAUAAUAUAUUUUUCCUAGGAAGGGGAAAACUUUCUAAAUUUGGCCCAAAUCUCUUACUCAUUUUCCUGCUCGUCGGUAGGAUAAUAUAUUUUUCCUAGGAAGGGGAAAACUUUCCAAAUUUGGCCCCAAUCGAUCACUCAAUCUCCCGCUCGUCGAUAGGAUAUUAUAUUUUUCCUAGGAAGGGGAAAACUUUCUAAAUUUGGCCCAAAUCUCUUACUCAUUUUCCUGCUCGUCGGUAGGAUAAUAUAUUUUUCCUAGGAAGGGGAAAACUUUCCAAAUUUGGCCCCAAUCGAUCACUCAAUCUCCCGCUCGUCGAUAGGAUAUUAUAUUUUUCCUAGGAAGGGGAAAACUUUCCAAAUUUGGCCCCAAUCGAUCACUCAAUCUCCCGCUCGUCGGUAGGAUAUUAUAUUUUUCCUAGGAAGGGGAAAACUUUCCAAAUUUGGCCCCAAUCGAUCACUCAAUCUCCCGCUCGUCGGUAGGAUAUUAUAUUUUUCCUAGGAAGGGGAAAACUUUCCAAAUUUGGCGCGAAUCACUCACUCACUCUCCCACUUGUUGGUAGGAUAUUAUAUUUUUCCUAGGAAGGGGAAAACUUUCCAAAUUUGGCCCUAAACCCAGUCUAGUGUGUUCCAAAAUGGGAACCUUCUGCCUCUUCGAGAAAAAUAACAAAGUCUUUACGGACGUUGUCACCGAUCUUUUCCUUUACUCAGGAAGGCCAAAGAGAGGUUCUGUGAGUACGACUCAAGAGUAAAAAAGUAAAUUUCCACAAGGCCUUCUUUUUGGGGUUAUGGUCAAAACACGAGUCGUACGUACUUAACUUUAUGUAUUGCCGAGGCCUUUUCGGGGAGUCUUGACUUUGAAACACUGGACUCGGGGAGGCGUGUCGAUCCCGCCCCGGGACUUGUUUGUUAAGGUAUUUAUUAGUUUAUUUAUUUAUCAGUGGCAGUGUUCACUAUAAAUGGUAUUUUUUGUUUUUUCUACAGAAGAUAAUUAUCGGAAGCAGUGACUUCCAUAAUUAUGACAGUUAUACUGUCGUGUUUUUUUAUAAUAUAUAUAAGUAAAUAAAAAGCAGCAUCUGCUAAUUACAAUCCAACCAUGAUCACUGGAACUUGGUUUGGAACGAUUUAGGAUCGGGCAUGGGCCAACUUCGGCCCUCCGGGUGUUUUGGACUUCAACUCCCACAAUUCCUAACAGCCUACCGGCUGUUAGGAAUUGUGGGAGUUGAAGUCCAAAACACCCGGAGGGCCGAAGUUGGCCCAUGCCCGAUCUUAAAUUGUCGCAAACCAUUGCAGGCUCGCACCGUGCCGUGCUUUCCAUCCGAAGUUCCAGCUCUACGAAGUAUCAUGAGAACUUGGGUCACAUUAUCGGGGGCAGUGUCUCCCAUAAUGUUCAAAGAACAAGGUAGUUUUUGCCUACCAAAGUGUUGUAUCGGGGGCAGUGACCCCCAUCUUGCACUAACCAAGGGUGUGUCUCAGUUAUCGGGGACAGUGUCUUCCCAUAACUAACUUCCUUUCGUUUAUUUUUUUCUUCCGAAAUGCUCUCCUAAAUGCCACGACAUCUGCAGAGCACGAUCGUUAGUAUCUAACAUGUAUAUAUAUAUAAUCCGAA